AUGCAACCUCAAAAUCCAAAUACACAACGGCCUGAAAAUCAUCCUUACAUGCCAUAUGGCUAUCAAAAUCCUAAUAUGAUGCCACCAAUUUAUGGAAUGCAAUACCCGUAUAAUCAUCCUUAUAUGCCAUAUGGCUAUCAACCAGUUCCUGGAAACAGCUCUCUUCCAUCUCAUGUCAAUUUUCCAAACAUUGAACCGACUAGUGAGCCAAACACACCUCGCUUUAGUAGUGGAUCCACUGAUAUCCCACAAUUUUCUACACAAAUCUCUCUGGGAGAACUUGGUGGGGAUACUCCCCACAGUUUUGAAGCUCCAACCCAACAAUCAGCGAAGAAAGGAAAUUACGCCAGUUGGACUUUUGAAGAGAACAAGUUGUUAUUAACUGGUUAUUUCCACUACAGUACUGACAGUGAAUUGGGUUCAAAUCAAAAGGGUGAUACUUUUUGGGGCAAAAUCUCUGAUUACGUGAAUGAGAACUCCGAUCGUGGGAUACAGAGGAACAUUGUAAAAUGUCAAAGUCAUUUUCGUGACCUCAACAAGAAGAUUAGUAACUUUGUUGGUUGUUAUAGUGCUGCUACUAGGGAGAGACGUAGUGGUUGGUCAGACAAUGACUACAUAUCCAAAGGUCUAGAGUUGUACAGUGAAAACCAAGGUAGGGAUGCAACAAAGAAGAAAGCUAGAGCUUCAUCUAGUAAAUCAUCAACUUCAAGAAAAUCAAAGGUUACCAUUCAGGAAGAGUUGUCCGAUUUAGCAUCUCGUCGUGACGCUAAUGAACAAUACAGGGCGACUCAAGUCUCAGCUAUCCAGGAGUACAAUCGUAAUAAGAAGUUAGAGAUGUGGUUGAGCUUGAAGAACAAAGAGGCCCGAGAUGAUGAAGAUGAAGCGGCGUAUAGCAACAACAACUUCUUGAAGAGUUACAACAUAGAAACGAACGACCACACAAAAAAAAAAUAUCUGCAUAGGGAUCAUGGAGCAGCCCAUCAAAGGCUCAUGGCCGACUACUUCGACGAGUCAUGCACUUACUCCGACAUGCAGUUUCGCCGAAGAUAUCGAAUGAAAAGGUCAUUGUUUCUACGAAUUGUAGACGCAUUAUCAAAUUAUGACAACUACUUCACUCUAAGGCGUGAUAAUUCAAAAAAAUUGGGCUUGUCACCUAUCCAAAAGUGUACAGCUGCCAUCCGCAUGCUUGCAUACGGAGUCGCCGCAGAUGCAUGUGAUGAGUAUGUGAAGAUUGGAGAAUCCACCACAAUUGAGUGCACUCGCAAUUUUUGCGAUGGGGUAAUUGCUUUGUUUCAAGAUGAAUACUUAAGACGUCCAAAUGUGGAAGACGUGCAGAGGUUACUCCAAGUUGGUCAGGAGCGUGGUUUCCCCGGAAUGAUUGGAAGUAUCGACUGCAUGCACUGGCAAUGGAAGAAUUGUCCUAAGGCUUGGCAAGGGCAAUUUACUAGUGGACACAAGGGGACGGCAAUAGUUAUCCUUGAGGCAGUGGCAUCUUUUGAUUUAUGGAUAUGGCAUGCUUUUUUUGGUUUGCCAGGUACAUUGAACGACAUUAAUGUACUAGAUAGGUCACCGGUAUUUGACGAUAUUGAGUCCGGUGAAGCCCCGGAGGUGAAUUUCAUUGUCAAUGGGCGACAAUACAAUCGUGCUUACUAUCUUGCAGAUGGAAUAUAUCCGAAAUGGCCUGUCUUUGUCCAAUCAAUUCAAUUGCCCCAAGGCAACAAAGCGCAGUUGUUUGCCAAACAACAAGAAUCAUGUAGGAAGGAUGUGGAACGCGCAUUUGGGGUUCUCCAAGCACGAUUUGCUAUUAUUCGCCAGCCCGCUAGAAUGUGGGACAUUGAGGUCUUAGGUAAAAUAAUGAGGGCUUGCAUUAUUUUACAUAACAUGAUAGUCGAGGAUGAACGAGAUACAUAUUCGCGGAACUGGGAAAAUAUUUACUUCGAACCAUCGAACAAUGCUAGCGCUAGCUCUAGCUCCUCUUUCAAUGUCCAAACACAAGUGUUGCCACAAUUUGAAGUGCACGUUCAAGCCCGAGCCGAAUCGGAUAUUCAUACUAGAGCCGAUCUACGUGAUAGGGCCAAACACAUUCAGUUGAAAAAGGAUCUCGUCGAGCACAUUUGGCAAAAAUUUGGAGCAACCUUCGAAUAGAAAUGUCAAAAACUUUCAAUGUUUGGUGUGUUUUUUCUUGCAUGUUUCAAUAAACUAUGUAUGUUUGGUGUGUUUUUUCUUGUACGUUUUCAAUAAAUUAUGUAUGUUUGGUUUACCACUACAUUAA